CAUCGUCGCCAUCAUCACCGCCAUCAUCAUCCCCACCUGCGCUGCUGAGGCACACGUGGCGGGCGGCUCCGUACAUGUGGAGGCUGCGGCUGGACCUUCAGGCGCUGGCCCUCGCCCUCGCCUCGCUCUCCCCCGCCGGCCGCGGAGGAGGGGGCGGAGGCCCCGGGGGGGCCCUGCGCUCCCCUGGUGGCGCCCGCCGCCGCAGCAACAGGAGCAGCAGCACCCCUGCCGCCCCCUCCGCCUCUGCCUCCCCGCUGCUGCCCUCCCUGCCGCACCCCUCCAGCUGCUGCCCAGCCCGGCUGCUGGCUCUCCCGCCGCGCACCUACCUGUCCGCCGCGACGCUGGUGGUGCUGCCGGCGACCAUCAUUGACCACUGGCUGAUGCAGAUACGGGCGCAUGUGGCUCCCAACACGCUGCGGGUAUGCGUGUUGGACCGCCUCGACCCACGGGUCACCCCGACCCCGGCGGAGCUGGCGUGGGAGUACGACAUCGUCAUAACCACCUUCAACCGCCUGAGCCAGGGCGCCGGGGGCAGCAGCGGGGAGUGUGCCAGUCCACUGACGCAAGCACUGCUGCAGAUCCACUGGUUGCGGCUGCUGCUUGACGAGGGGCACCUACUGGGCGCCUCCACCGCCGUCACCACCCGGCUGCAGGUGGCGUGCCGGCUGAGGGCGGAGCGGCGCUGGGUGGCCCCCCUGCCUCGCCCGGAGGGGGUGAAGGUGGCAGCAGGCAGCAGCGCGGCCCGCAGCAGCACGAUGAGGACGAGGACGGGCAGGACGGAGGCGGGGGAGGUAGCGGUGGGGGAGGUGCUGUGCAGGUGGACCGGCGGGCUCUGCGGAACCAGCUGUUCUUGCUGCUGAGGAAGGUGCCGCUCAAGGCAGGAGGAGGAGGAGGAGGCGGCGUUGCUAUCCCAGGCAGCGCGGGUGGCAGCAAAGGAGGUAGUUGCGGCAGCAGCAGCGGUGGGUGCGGCCUGGCGGGCGGUACGGCGACUGGGUCGGGUUGCGGUAGCGGCGUUGGGGGCGGUGACACGAGGGAGGCAGCAGCAGCGGCAGUGGCGACAGGAGCGGCUGUAUCAGCCGCAACCACCCGACCAGCAGCUGGUGCUGCUGCCUCCGAGGCCGAGGCGGGGCCCGGAGCAGGGGCGGGGGACGCAUCUGUGGUCGCAGUGCGUGCAGUGCCCGAAGCAGCAGCAGCGGCGGUAGCGCGAAGGGGGACGGCGGCGGAGGUACCGGUGGCGGCGGCGUCUCCCCUGGCUGGUAGCAACGCUGGAGUGAUGUGGUCAAUCGCGAUGGCA